AUGGACAGAGCAAUCCGCUGGUCCCCCUCCUCCACGCCUGCUGAACAGCGCUUCCUCUCCGUCGACGUCGCAGGCAAAGUGUUCCGUCUAUGCAAAGUCACCUCCUUUACCAACAGUAUCCUCUCGCACUCGGUCCUCUCCACACAUACCAAAGUCCCCGCCUUUCGAGCCUUCGACUGGUCCCCCGUGGACGAGACCCUAGUCGCAGUAGGGCAAUCAUCCGGCGAUGCGACGAUCCUGCGCAUGCGUGAGGGCGAUGACUCGCAGGAAUCGUUCUCUUUCCCUGUGCGACAUCAGAGAUACUGCAAUGCGAUUGCGUUCAGCACCCACGGACUGUUGGCUGCGGGGCUGGAUCGAGUGCGGAACGACUUUUGCUUGAACGUUUGGGAUGUGAACCAGCGGUUGGCGAUGAAGGGGGCGAAGGGGCAUGUUGAGCCAUUGAGGAAGCUGGCGAGUUCCGAACCAAUCACGAGUGUGAAGUUCUUUAGGGAUCAGCCUGAUACCCUGGUCACGGGAGUCAAGGGGCAGUUUGUGAGAAUUUAUGAUUUACGAGAGGGCCCGGGGCUUCCGUCGCUGCAGUUUCCGACGAGGUGCGUGCAUAAUCUGGCUAUUGAUUGGCUUGAUGAGAACUAUAUUGCGUCUGGAUUGACGUCCCAUGAUUCCACUGUCUGUGUUUGGGACCGGCGGGUCGGUGCUCGUCUUUCUGCGGCUGCCACUCCGGGUUUGGAGACGGGCCAAAUGGAGCCAGCCCUCGAGUUUAAGAACGUGAUUGCGCCCAAAUCGGCUAUCUGGAGUCUCCGGUUUUCGAGGACGAAACGGGGCUGCUUGGGUGUCCUUUCGAGCAACGGCCAUCUGAAAACGUACAAUAUUGUCAAAGAGUAUGUGGUUGAAGAAUACCGCUCGCCGAUUGAUAGGACACUCGGCCAAAACUCCGUUAGCAACUAUCCAGAGCAGAUCUAUACCAAGUCCGUUCGCGAUGUCUUUAGCCCUUAUGACCACCCAUCGCGUGGAUACGAGGUGUCUCAACGAGUAGUUUCAUUUGACUUCCUCAACAUGAGCAGCUCCAAUGAGCCUAGCGUUUUAACGCUGUCCGCUGAUGAUCAGGUCAAAAUUAUUACCGUCAAGCCACCACCACCUCCAGUGCGACUAUCUUCACAGGGAACGUUGAUUUGUGGGCGUUUCGAUGAGCAUCGCGAUUUCAAGGCGAUCUAUCCGCUGGGGACUGAAGGCUCAAGCAUCGCGCAAAUUGCAAAGAGUCUACGGGACAACGCUCUGGAGAGGCAAGAGGAGCAAGCUGAAACCCGUGGUUUGCGAGAGAACCCCGAACAACCUCUUUCCAGUCGAGAGAACCGGGAGCGCAUGCUGUCGGUUGGCACUCUAGGUAGUCCUCUAACUGCUGAAGAAGCGUUGACUCUCUUGACGGUGAAUAGGCUGCGGUGCAAAGAAGGGUAUUUGUUCAAUGGAAUGCGGAACAAGCAGAUUCUGGCCGAUGACCCCUCAUUGCAGGAUUUCUGGGAUUGGAUUGAGCGUGCACGAUCCUACUCUGCGGACGAUUCCAUGAUCAUGAACCACUUGGAUCUGAAUUAUUUGGGCGUGUUCGAUGUCUGGACGGGAGAUUUAGGGGUCAGCCUUGAAGCACGAUGGCUGGGCCCCAGUGCUGCUCAUUACCCGGAUAUCAAUGAUACGAUCGUGGAUUUGGUUCAGGAGAAGCUGAACCUUCCUUCGAGUGAGAGUUUACACUCUCGUUACCCUGAGCAGAGGCGGCUUGGUCUGCGGAUAUGCGGCGCAGCCCAGUCACGUCGUGAGCUCGAGGAGUUGGUCAAGACAUUGUCCGCCGAAAGUCAGCAUACAAAGGCGGCUGCUCUGGCCGUCUUCCAAGGCGAGCCAAAGCUUGCGUAUCUCGCGCUGCGAAGUCAUACUCCUACACAGGCUCAUAAACUCCUCGCAAUGGCCAUUGCCGGUGCUGCGAAAGAAAAGCCAGAUCCUGACUGGGAAGAGACUUGCGCCGAGAUUGCGAAGGAGCUUACUGAUCCUUACGCUCGGGCAAUUAUUGCCUUCGUCAGCAAGGGCGACUGGCGCUCUGUCAUCCAAGAGACUACACUCCCACUAAAAUACCGCGUCGAAGUCGCUCUGCGCUGGCUUCCAGAUGACGACCUCACAACAUACCUAACCGAAACCACAAAACGUGCCAUUCAACAGGGUAACAUCGAGGGCAUAGUCCUCACCGGCCUCGGCCAUUCCGCCAUGGAACUCUUCCAAUCAUACAUCAACAAAUUCAAUGACGUCCAAACACCGGUCCUCGCCAUGAGCCACACAGUACCACGCUUGGUCAACACUCCCGCAAACAAACACCGCUUCGAGACCUGGCGCGAAACCUACCGCUGGCAAAUCAACUCCUGGAAACUUCAGCUCGAACGCGCCCGCUUCGACGUCGGCUCUCGCAAAUUCGCCGCCACUUGGGAUGGUCGCCGCCUCGUCGAGCCGCCGCGUCAACAAGUCAGCCUGACAUGCAACUACUGUACGCGACCCCUAACUCAGCACGACGCCUCCUCCCAACUUUCCCCUUCAACUAGCGGGGAAGUCGUACAUGCGACUCCAGGAAAUCCGCUGGGUUCGGCCGCCAUGUCUGGUACGAUUUGCCCACGCUGCGGGCGCCAUAUGCCGCGGUGCGGCGUAUGCACGCUUUGGUUAGGUUCUCCGGACCCGAUGUCCAAGGCUUGUGUGGCGGCGGAGACUGCGACGGCAACGGAUCAGCGCAAGCUAUCUGAAGCGGAGUUCAUGCGGCGGUUUAUUGUUUUUUGUAUCAAUUGUAAUCAUGGCUUCCAUGCGCACCAUGCGCGGGAGUGGUUUGACAAGCAUAAUGUUUGUCCGGUUGCGGAGUGUAGUUGUAUUUGCGAUCGAUAA